UCUGUCUCUCUUUUCCGGGCUUUUGGCGGGAAAGAGGACACCUAAUUUGAGAUUUUACGUACUCAGGUGCUCGCCGGAAUUGCUGAUCAACUCUAACCACUUUAUCAGGUCCCUCCACCUCACCAGGAACUGGGGACGAGGGUGCGGGCAGCCGCGUCCCCGAUCGCGGGCAAAGUUCCUGCAUUUGCGUGUAGUAGACUCUGAUAACUGAUUUCACCAUCUCUUACCCAACUAUACAUUCAGUCCAACUGAAUUUGCCGCCCAUUUAUCUGUGCUCUUCUCUGCUCAUUGCCAAAGCGUCGGUUCAAGCGAGUUCGGCGAUCAUGGAAAAGGAUAGUUCUACGCCAUCUGAUCCAAGCUCUGGGGCCACCUCCUCGAGUCCACCUUCUCAACCUCCAGUUGCGCCUCACUCUCCACCUCCUCUUCGAGCUCUAUGCUCACCCCUGAGCCAUCAGUUCGGUGCUGACUUCACCACACUAUACCGCUCAAUUUUCCCACCAAAAUCACCACGCCAGAACUCUGUCCCAGCCUCGCCGUCCCCAUGCUCCUCUGCUUCCUCUGCCGAUGACCACCGGAACACCUUCAACAGCUGCAAUUACAGCUCCAUUACCAUUGAGAAUCGCCUCCAGCAAGCCAGCCUCGUGCUGGAGUACCAGCAGCUCUGUGAGAGGUAUGAUCUAUGUCGCGCCCACCUCCAUGACCUCGUAGAAGAAAUCGACUCCAUUCGACGAGAAAAUGCUGCCCUUCGCUUAGCCAACAAAGAGCUUGUCAAGCUCCUCAGCCUCUCUUCACAAGCUGCAAUGCACAACUGCCUCCGCCGCCUUGGCCUCCUUGAAGCUAGCAGCGUUGGAUCCGAUUUUGGUGUAGAAGAGUUUUCCGGGUAUAGUCCCACUAGCGUCAUGGAUCAGGGCCGAUUUGAGAGAAGGAACACUGAAAGGGUUUGGCUUCCAAAGAGCAUCUCAGUACGAUCCAAUGGUUACCUGAAGGCAAACCAACCAGCUAAUGGUAACAAUAGCGGCAGCGGAUCAAGUCAAUCAGCAAAUCAACUGCGAGACUCAAGCGCACAUGAAGCUGGAAAGGGCCAACAACGAGUACAUUUGCCCGGUGCAAAGAAAGAGGAGGCUUUUGAGGGAUACAGCCAAGGGAUGUUCAAGACAGAACUGUGCAACAAGUGGCAGGAGACAGGGACAUGCCCAUAUGGUGACAACUGCCAGUUUGCUCAUGGAAUCGCAGAGCUGCGUCCGGUUAUCAGGCACCCGAGAUACAAGACUGAGGUUUGCAGGAUGAUUCUCUCAGGCGACUCUUGUCCUUAUGGCCAUAGGUGUCACUUCCGCCAUUCCCUCACCGAGCAGGAAACCAUGCUGGCUCCACGGUGAUUCGAUUCUAUUCUGUUCGAGGUUAGAUGGGCUAUAGAUGGGUAUAUUGUUCAGACUCGCGUUCGUUCUCUAUUGUACAUAAGUGCACAAUGCUGGACAAAGUUGUGAAAUAAUAACAAUAAUAAAGGGUCAAGAAUAAAAGAAAGCUUAAAGAGAGCAACACGGCAGCAUACGAGUUGAUCAAGACUGCUCGAGAUGUAUAAGGCUGAAUCUCGAGGGAUGAAGCGUACAAUAAGACUGCCGAAAGCAUAGAGCGGAAGAGUAUUUCAUUUUGUGAAGAGUGUUCUAUUAUGUACAUUUUGCAUCUCGUGCCUACGGAUGAACAUAAAUUAGCGGUUGGUUGGGUCUCCCCUAUGUUCUGCACCAACCGAACUCUGCAUCUGUAAUGAUAAUAAUUUCUUGCUCGAACAAAUCUCCAAUUUAAAAUUCA